AACCUCUCCCUUCUUUUCCAGACAAAGACCUGAUUUAGAUUACUCAGUGGGAGGGGGAGAGGAGGAUCUGAAAUCCUGGAUUUCAUGUGUACACAGCCUUCCUUCCUAUUGGACAGCAGAGAAGCAAAGACGGAGGAACACUAAGCCUCUAUGCGCAGGGCUGCAGUCUGAGAUUCUGAAGUGCUACCAAGAAAACAAGCAUGAAGUGCUCAAGUGCUCGGAGCUGGCCAAGGAGUACCAGCGCUGUGUUAGUGCAGCACAGAAGGUGCUGGCUUGUUAAAGCUCCUGGAUUGUAACUGGACACUCCCCAAAAUUGAGGAUCUGGUGAGUGAAUAUUCCAGUAUAGGGGCUGAUCAGGCUGCCAGUGUCCACGAUGCCCUGAAUGUGGAGUCUAGCAGAAGCAGAGGAGAUCUUGGCCCUGUAAUACCCCCUCCCCUCCCCACACCCCUCUAUUUUGGGUUGGCUUCUAUUUAUUUUGUGGCUAGGUUUGUGCACGGCCCUGGUCGGAUGUGACACUGCUGCAAUGUGGCUCCUUCGGCUCAAGCACCACUUGUCCGUUAAUAUCUGGACUCUUCUGCUUUUGGGGAGCGCCUGGCUACCACUGGCAGAGGGCACUCUCAAGUCCCCCUUUAGGACUUUCUCUGUCACAGACUGGAGCUUGACACACCUGGUGGUCCACAACAAAACUGGGGAGGUCUACGUGGGCGCUGUCAACCGGAUCUACAAGCUCUCCAACAACCUGACGCUGUUGCGUGCCCAUGUGACGGGACCAGUGGAUGAUAAUGAGAAGUGCUAUCCGCCCCCCAGCGUCCAGUCCUGCCCCCAUGGGCUGGUCACCACCAAUAAUGUCAACAAGCUGCUGCUGGUGGACUACUCAGGGAACCGGCUGAUCGCCUGUGGCAGUGCCUCCCAGGGCAUCUGCCAGUUCCUGCGCUUGGACGAUCUCUUCAAGCUGGGGGAACCCCACCACCGCAAGGAGCACUACCUCUCUAGUGUAAAUGAGUCAGGCACCAUGUCGGGUGUCAUCAUUGAGGUGCUUAACGGACAAAACAAGCUCUUCAUUGGGACGCCGAUCGAUGGGAAGUCCGAAUACUUCCCCACCCUCUCUAGCCGCAAGCUGAUGACCAACGAGGAGAACGCGGAGAUGUUUGGCUUCGUCUACCAGGACGAGUUUGUCUCCUCCCAGCUCAAGAUCCCCUCAGACACGCUCUCCAAGUUUCCCACGUUCGACAUUUACUACAUCUAUAGCUUCAGCAGCGAGCAGUUCGUCUACUACCUGACCUUGCAGCUCGACACCCAGCUUACCUCGCCUGACUCCACAGGGGAGCAGUUCUUCACCUCCAAAAUUGUCCGCCUCUGUGUGGACGACCCCAAAUUCUACUCCUACGUGGAGUUCCCCAUUGGCUGCAUACGGGAUGGCGUCGAGUACCGCCUGAUACAGGAUGCGUACCUCAGCAAGCCUGGCAAGGUGCUUGCCAAGCAGCUGGGCAUCUCAGAGCAGGAAGACAUCCUCUUCACUGUUUUCUCCCAGGGCCAGAAGAACAGGGUCAAGCCACCCAAGGAGUCCGUCCUCUGCCUCUUCACUCUGAAAAAGAUAAAAGACAAAAUCAAGGAGCGCAUUCAGUCUUGCUACCGAGGGGAGGGAAAGCUGUCACUGCCCUGGCUAUUGAACAAGGAAUUGGGUUGCAUCAACUCGCCUCUGCAGAUUGACGACUAUUUCUGUGGCCAGGAUUUUAACCAGCCGCUGGGCGGGACGGUGACCAUCGAGGGGACAGCACUCUUUGUGGAUAAGGAGGAUGGCAUGACCUCAGUGGCUGCCUAUGACUACCGGGGACACACAGUGGUCUUUACCGGCACGCGGAGUGGCAGGAUCAAAAAGAUCCUGGUGGACUUGUCCAGUCCCAGCGGGCGGCUGGCGCUGCAGUAUGAGAACGUCGUGGCCCAUGAGGGCAGCUCCAUCCUGCGAGACCUGGUGCUCAGCCCUGACCGCCAGCACAUCUACGCUAUGACUGAGAAACAGGUGACACGAGUGCCCGUGGAGAGCUGUGAGCAAUACAAGAGCUGUGCGUUGUGCCUGGGAUCCAAGGACCCCCACUGUGGCUGGUGUGUCCUUCAUAACGUCUGCUCGCGGAAGGACCGAUGUGAGCGAGCUGAUGAGCCUCAGCGCUUUGCCUCAGACCUGCGCCAGUGCGUCCAGCUCACCGUCCAGCCCAAGAACAUAUCGGUCACUAUGUCUGAGGUCUCGCUGGUUCUGCAGGCCUGGAACGUCCCAGAUCUCUCCGCUGGGGUAAACUGCUCCUUUGAAGAUUUCACGGAGUCCGAGAGCCGCAUUGAAGACGGGAGGAUCUACUGUAGCUCUCCAUCUGCAAAGGAUGUGAUCCCCAUCACCAGGGGCAGGGGCGACAAGCGGGUGGUGAAGCUCUACUUGAAGUCCAAGGAGACUGGGAAGAAGUUUGCUGCUGUGGAUUUCAUUUUCUACAACUGCAGCGUCCAUCAGUCCUGCCUGUCCUGUGUGAAUGGCUCCUUCCCAUGCCACUGGUGUAAAUAUCGGCACAUCUGCACCCACAACGCUGCUGACUGCUCCUUCCAGGAGGGGCGUGUCAACAUGUCUGAGGACUGCCCACAGAUUCUGCCCUCCACCCAGAUCUACAUCCCUGUGGGCAUAGUGAAGCCCAUCACUCUGACAGCCAAGAACCUGCCACAGCCACAGUCCGGCCAGCGCAACUACGAAUGCAUCUUCCACAUCCCCGGCAGCGCCACCCGCGUCACAGCUCUGCGCUUCAACAGCACCAGCAUCCAGUGCCAGAACACCUCGUAUUUCUAUGAAGGAAAUGACAUCAGCGACCUGCCUGUGAACCUGUCCGUGGUGUGGAAUGGAAACUUUGUCAUCGACAACCCCCAGAACAUCCAGGCUCACCUGUACAAGUGCUCGGCCCUGCGUGAAAGCUGUGGCCUCUGCCUCAAGGCAGAUCCGCGCUUCGAGUGUGGCUGGUGCGUGACGGAGAAGAAGUGCACCCUGCGGCAGCACUGCCCAGCCUACGAGAGCAGCUGGAUGCACGCCAGCAAUGGCAACAGCCGCUGUACAGACCCCAAGAUCAUCAAGCUGUCGCCAGAGACAGGCCCAAGGCAGGGAGGGACCCAUCUGACCAUCACCGGGGAGAAUCUGGGCCUGAAGUUUGAGGAUGUGCGCAUGGGAGUGCGGGUCGGCAAAGUGAUGUGCAUCCCCAUCGAGAGCGAGUACAUCAGCGCAGAGCAAAUUGUGUGUGAGAUCGGAGACGCCAGCACAGGCCGAGCCCAUGAUGCCCGUGUGGAGGUGUGCAUCAGGGACUGCUCCACCAGCUACAGGGCCACAUCCCCGAAAAGCUUCACGUUUGUGACGCCCACUUUCUACCGUGUGACUCCGGCUCGGGGUCCCCUCUCUGGGGGCACCUGGAUUAGCAUUGAGGGUAACCACCUCAAUGCAGGCAGUGAUGUCACAGUGACCAUCGGGGGACGACCUUGUGUCUUUUCAUGGAGGAACGCUAGGGAGAUCCGGUGCCGGACACCACCAGGCCAGAGCCCUGGCGGGUCACCCAUCCUCAUCAACAUCAACCGGGCCGAGUUGAGUAACUCUGAGGUGAAGUACAAUUACACAGAGGACCCCACCAUCCAGAAGAUAGACCCAGAGUGGAGCAUCAACAGUGGUGGGACGUUGCUGACUGUGAUAGGCACCAACCUGGCAACUAUCAAAGAGCCUAGGAUCCGUGCCAAGUACGGCAACGCUGAGAGGGAGAAUAACUGUACUGUCUACAAUGACACCACCAUGCUGUGCUAUGCUCCAUCCAUCGACAACCCGUCUCGGAGCCCCCCAGAGAUCGGUGACCGCCCAGAUGAGAUUGGCUUUGUCAUGGAUAAUGUCCAGGCCCUGCUGAUUGUUAAUACCACCAGCUUCGUCUAUUAUCCGGACCCCGUCUUCGAGCCCCUCAGCCCCUCUGGCAUGCUGGAGCUCAAGCCCAGCUCUCCCCUUAUCCUCAAGGGCCGGAACCUGCUCCCGCCGGCUGCUGGUAACUCCCGGCUGAACUACACGGUGCUGAUUGGUGACACUCCCUGCGCCCUGACUGUCUCCGAGACUCAGCUCUUGUGCGAGUCACCAAACCUCACAGGACAGCACAAAGUCACGAUCAAGGCUGGAGGGUUUGAGUUCUCCCCGGGGACGCUGCAGAUCUACUCAGACAGCCUCCUGACACUGCCUGCCAUCAUCGGGAUUGGUGGUGGAGGCGGCCUCCUCUUGCUCAUCAUCAUCAUCGUCCUCAUCGCUUACAAGCGCAAGUCCCGGGAUGCCGACCGCACCCUGAAACGUCUGCAGCUGCAGAUGGACAACCUGGAGUCCCGCGUGGCCUUGGAGUGCAAGGAGGCCUUUGCCGAACUGCAGACAGACAUCCACGAGCUGACAAACGACUUAGACGGGGCUGGCAUCCCCUUCCUGGACUAUCGCACCUACGCCAUGAGGGUCCUCUUCCCCGGGAUAGAAGACCAUCCUGUGCUGAAGGAGAUGGAGGUCCAGGCGAAUGUGGAGAAGUCCUUGAGCCUCUUUGGGCAGCUCUUGAACAAGAAGCAUUUCUUGCUGACCUUCAUCCGCACCUUGGAGGCGCAACGCAGCUUCUCCAUGAGGGACCGGGGCAACGUGGCUUCCCUGAUCAUGACAGCGCUGCAGGGGGAGAUGGAGUAUGCCACAGGUGUGCUGAAGCAGCUCCUCUCAGACCUGAUCGAGAAGAACCUGGAGAGUAAGAACCAUCCCAAGCUGCUCUUGCGGAGGACGGAGUCUGUGGCUGAAAAGAUGCUGACGAAUUGGUUCACGUUCCUCCUGUACAAGUUUUUAAAGGAGUGUGCUGGAGAGCCUCUCUUUAUGCUGUACUGUGCCAUCAAACAGCAGAUGGAAAAGGGACCCAUUGACGCCAUCACCGGAGAGGCCCGCUACUCUCUGAGCGAAGACAAGCUGAUUCGGCAGCAGAUUGACUACAAAAUGCUGACGCUGAACUGCGUGAACCCUGAGAAUGAGAAUGCACCCGAGAUUCCCGUCAAGGUUCUGAAUUGCGACACCAUCACACAAGUGAAGGAGAAGCUGCUGGAUGCCGUCUACAAGGGCGUGCCCUACUCUCAGAGACCCAAGGCAGGAGACAUGGACCUGGAGUGGCGGCAGGGCAGAAUGGCCCGAAUCAUUCUGCAGGAUGAAGAUGUGACCACAAAGAUAGACAAUGACUGGAAAAGGCUCAACACCCUCGCCCACUACCAGGUGACUGACGGCUCCUCUGUGGCACUGGUGCCCAAGCAGAACUCGGCAUACAACAUCUCCAACUCUUCCACCUUCACCAAGUCACUCAGCAGAUACGAGAGCAUGCUCCGGACAGCCAGCAGCCCCGACAGUCUACGUUCACGGACCCCCAUGAUCACGCCUGACCUGGAGAGUGGUACCAAGCUUUGGCACCUAGUGAAGAAUCAUGACCACAUGGACCAGCGGGAGGGAGACCGGGGCAGCAAGAUGGUGUCCGAGAUCUAUCUGACCCGUCUGCUGGCCACCAAGGGCACCUUGCAGAAGUUCGUCGAUGACCUGUUUGAGACCAUCUUCAGCACGGCACACCGCGGGAGCGCCCUGCCUCUGGCCAUCAAGUACAUGUUCGACUUUCUGGAUGAACAAGCCGACAAACAUCAGAUCAACGAUUAUGACGUCAGGCACACCUGGAAGAGUAACUGUCUACCUCUGCGUUUUUGGGUGAAUGUGAUUAAGAACCCCCAGUUUGUGUUUGACAUUCACAAGAACAGUAUUACUGAUGCUUGCCUGUCCGUGGUGGCUCAGACAUUCAUGGACUCCUGCUCAACUUCUGAGCACAAGCUAGGGAAAGACUCUCCCUCCAACAAACUACUGUAUGCCAAGGACAUCCCCAACUAUAAGAGCUGGGUAGAAAGAUAUUAUGCAGAUAUUGCUAAAAUGCCAGCAAUCAGUGACCAGGACAUGAGUGCAUACCUGGCGGAGCAGUCCCGGUUACACCUGAGCCAGUUCAACAGCAUGAGCGCGCUGCAUGAGAUCUACUCAUACAUCACCAAGUACAAGGAUGAGAUUUUAGCAGCUUUAGAGAAGGAUGAACAGGCCCGGAGGCAACGGCUGAGGAGUAAGCUGGAGCAGGCAAUUGACACAAUGGCCCUAAGCAGCUGAAAAGGCCGAGGCAGUCCUGACAGCUUUCCAGCAGUGGAUACUACAAGAGAGAGGCCAGCACGCGGCAGCAGCAGAGUACUUUGGGUCCAGAGCCAAAUGGACACACGGAGCCCGCCGUGUCCUGAAACUCUUAACACAAACGAACAAGAAAACCUACCACCGUAUCACACCCAAUCCAAUCAGUCCUAUUCAGAGACCUUGCAAAAGGGACGGUGUGGGCAGGAGUGCAAAGGAGCCGAGAAGAACUGCAGGGAUCUUGCAGCACACCCAGCACAGCUGCUCCACCUGGGGACAUGUCCUCAAUCUGGCGAUGGAGGUUGGAGGGUUGGGGACUGCACUAACUUCUAGGGCAACAUGUCUGAUGUUGUUGUUCUUAGUGCAGGGAGGGUGGGCAGAGCUUUCAUUUUUUUCUGUACU